AGUGGGUUUAACCAGAGUACAGAUCACACAACACCCCGCAGCUGUGAUAACCAACGUGCACGUUGACAGAGGCCAUCGUCAGAGGGUGAUAUCUGCAUUUACCUGCCGUUUUCUUGAACGAGGAGAAGAGUUGAGGAUGAAACUGCUCCUUCUUCUUCUUAUCUCCUUCCUCGUCUUACAUAACGGGACAGGAGCCCCAAGGGAUGCUGUGUACAAGUUUCUGAAAUGUAACCCUACGGGAGACAGAACAAACUGUGUGACCCACCAAAGUCCAGAGAUGGAAUGGAGUCCGGAACUACCAGGCAAACUGCCAGCGUCCACUGCACAGAACAUGGAGGCAGAACCUGUGGAGGAUGAAAAGCCACAGACUGAGGAAGAGGACGAGGAGAUGCUGGGAGAUGAGGCGGGGUCAGCUUUGAUUUAUCUGCCUGAGGAAGAAAGUUCUGGAUUUUAUGAAGGCUCGGCAGCUGAAGGUUCAUUUGUAGAGCAGCCUUCUGGGAAUGGGGAAACUGACACAGGCUCUGGAGAGCCAUGGAGCGAGAAGCACCUGAAUCUGUACAAAGUUGAUAAUAAGAAGUUCUUGAGAUGGUUUCGCCACCACAGACCCAUGUCAGAUGGGGCCAACCAGCUGAGCAGGAACUAAGAGACAACCACCUUCUGAAGCUGUAAAAUGAACAGGCCCUCACUCAGUACUGAGGACGACGUCAGACUUGUUUUUAUUCUGUACAUUGAAUUAGCCAAGCAAAUAUUAUAUCGCCACCUGGUGGCGGAAACCCUUGUCUGCCUUGAAAUGGAUCAAGUCUGAACAUAAUUUUGUAUUCUCUUUGCUAUUGACAUAAUUAACUAUAUUCACCAGUGGUUAAAAAUGUAAAGCUCUGCUAAAUCUGCCAAUCUUAAAUACAGCUGACAUCAGUGUCAAUGUGACGUAAUUCACUUUGAGUGACUAUUGUCUUUUUGGAAAAGAUUUGUAAAUUGGAAAUAUGUUUUUAUAUUUAGUUUUAAAUAUUCCAAGAAAGAUUUGUAAAAUUAGUGCAAUAUGACGACUGUUCAGGCAGUGUUCAUUCUAUGCAAAAAAAAAAGAAAAGAAAAAGAAACCUAUGUACUGUAUGUGAUUUAAUCCCAUCAGAGAAUUGACUGUUGAGACACUUUAUUAUUGCUCAGUAUUAAGAAGCCUUGUUUUGGGGAACAAACCCCAAAACACCCUUCAGGAUUCAAUGCAAUCUUAACCACUGUGAGCUGGAACAUCAAAAUAUGGUAUACUGCACGUGUUACAUUUACCACCAAGCUCAGUGUUGUCUGAUUUGAAUUUGAAAUACCUUGAUUAAUAAAGAAUUUAUAAAGAUUUUCA